AUGGCCACUGCCUCCCUUGGGGUGUUCCUCCUCCUGGCCUUCUGGGUCUUUGCUGCUGGCCAUGGAGGAGUUUGCAGCAGCAUUGUAGCUGCUGCAUGCUAUAUUUGGGGUGCUAUUAAAAUAAUUUGGGCAUGGACCUCUUUGCAGGCCAUUGCACAAUUCAUCAAAGACCUUGCCAUCCUUCUGGAUGCUCUCAAGCCUGCUCUCAAUGCUCUCAUGAUUGUUCUAGAGGAAAUGUGUGCGGUGGAGGAGAGGGGGAGGGCUUUGGGAGUAGGGGGAGCAGGAGUGGGAGUGGGAGGAGGAGUAGGAGCCAGAGUGGGAGGGAUGGGAUUGGGAGGAGUGGGAGUUGGUGUGUGA